AUAGAAGGGGUGGCCAUCUUUGUCGUCUGAGUUGUGUUCAUCCGGGAAGUAAAAAUAAUAUUUCGUUCCUUCUUUCAAGCCGCUUUCACUACGGCAUAAUAGAACUUAUCUAAAUUUUGAUUCUAAAUUGGUGUGCAAUUGAAACUGGUUGAUCAUGUCGGGGGGCCCUUAUAAUUAUAGUUAUAUUUUCAAAUAUAUUAUUAUUGGUGAUAUGGGAGUUGGUAAAUCCUGUCUGUUGCAUCAGUUCACAGAGAAAAAAUUCAUGGCAGACUGCCCCCACACAAUUGGGGUGGAGUUUGGUACUCGUAUCAUUGAGGUAUGUGGGCAGAAGAUAAAGCUUCAGAUUUGGGACACAGCUGGCCAGGAGCGAUUCCGGGCUGUCACCCGCAGCUACUACCGGGGUGCUGCCGGGGCUCUCAUGGUAUACGACAUCACCAGGAGAAGUACUUACAAUCAUCUGAGUAGCUGGCUUACUGAUGCACGGAAUUUGACCAACCCUAAUACGGUGAUAUUCCUCAUUGGGAAUAAAUGUGAUCUUGAUGCUCAACGUGACGUCACUUAUGAGGAAGCUAAACAGUUUGCUGAUGAAAAUGGUUUGAUGUUUGUAGAAGCAAGUGCAAAGACAGGAGAAAAUGUUGAAGAAGCUUUCUUAGAAACAGCUAAAAAAAUAUACCAAAAUAUUCAAGAUGGAAGUUUGGACUUGAAUGCAGCAGAGUCUGGAGUCCAGCACAAACCCACAGCUCCACGAAAUGCUCUCAGCAAUGACCAACAACCCAGCAAAGAUGGAUGUGCUUGUUAACUGUCUUCUAGUUUGUGAGAAAAUGGUGUCAAGGAGGAAGGAGCCUGCUGAUUUGAUAAUUGUAUGUAUGCUGCAGAGCAGUGGCACUCUGGUUCUGUUCCACCCCUGAUGCCAUGAUUGCAGCUCUAGUUUUUUCAAGUUGAAAAGGGAACCAUCACGAUAGACUGGCCCCAAAGGACUUUUUUCUGACAAGUUGUACAUUGUAAAAAUUUAGGGAAUGCACUCUCAUUUUUCCAUCAGUUUUUACCUCCACCUCCAAUUUUGUCCUUCGUUGUCCUCAACCUCUAUCAUCUUCAACUUGGUUGGUGACAAUAUGGGGCCAAAAGAGCUAUUGAAUCCUCAUUUACUGUGAACUUGGUGCAGGCCAAUACAAUGCUUAAACAAUGUAAAAAUAUUUAAUGAAAGAAUUUGUCUUGAAAUUCAGAGUUGAAAAGUAGUUUUCCUUGAAAAUACUUAGUAACUGUACCUUAAACAUUUUAUUUCACUCAUACAAAAUGCUGAGUGUGAUGAAUUAACUAAUCAAUUCUCUCAAAUCUCUUAAACUGAAAACUACAUAAGUUUUCAGACGAAACUUACUGUUAAGUAUUUAGUGUAAAUAACAAAUAUUAAUAACAUUACAAAGGCUAAAAAUAAAAACUACGAAAGGAAAGAAAAUCAUUUUAAGAUUUAAGUUCGUUAAUAUUGUGGUAAAAACAUUUGUUAGUAAUUUGUUCUACUUGCUUUUACUUGGUCACACAAUAAAUUAUUUUCAUUUCCUUUAUUUAUUUAUUUAUUUUAUACAUUUUGACAAAAUGUUUUAUUUGAAAUUUCGGAAGUGAUUUGAAAUGAUUUUGGUAUUUCAAUACCAUUUUCAUACAUAUGAGUAGUUUUUCUGGGAAGAAAAUUCUGAUUUGCCCAAACCUUCCUAAAAUAUGGAUUUGAAAAAGUUGACAACAGUGGUGUGAACAAAACAAGCUAUUAAAAUUGUCAGAAUGUUC